AUGGCGUGGGAUCCGCGAUGGCCGCUGGCACUUUUCCGCGGAUCUGUCCCGGUCGCUCUGGGGCUGCUGCUGUGGGUGGCGAUAGCGGGAGGCGAGAAGGAGCGGCAGCAGACGCUGAAGGCGCAGCCCGGGGGAGACCCCACAAGUUUGGCGCAGCGGCGGCGCCACAAUGAGCUGAUCAUGAUGGCGCUGCGCGAGGCGGCCCAGACUGAAGACAACGUAGCGCAGCGGCAGGUGCCCUGGCGGAAGUGACGUCAGCAUCGAGAGACCACCGGGAGACCCUCACCCACCGUUUCCCGGUGACCCGUCCUUCCACCCGGAACUAUCAGCGCUGGGCGGAACUCUUUCGCGCGAAUACCAACGGGCUUUUAUAAACCACGGACAUUUCCGG